CUUUUUGUGACUUGUGCAAAAACCUAUUUUAUAUAAAUUAGAAAGAUAUUUUAUUUAACUGUUGUGAAACUAAAUGUCCGGUCUAUAUACACUAUUUUGUUUAAUUAUUUUGAACUUGAGUAAAAUACUUGUUUAAGAUUUAAGAUAUAAACUUACAGAGCAAGCAAAUAUAUUUAAAGAAGUCGCUUACACUUUUCCAACUUCAAGAAAAAGCAAUAAUGUAUUUUUAUCAAUACUAAAAAUCAGUUUAACGACAAGAACACAAAACCAAAAGUGAAAUAAAAUCACAAGAAAUAUUUUCAUAAUAUUUUCAACAGUAACUCUAUCAAACGAUGUGUUUUACUCUGAACCGAGGCAAAUGUGAAAAGAAAUUCCCUGUCGCACAGCCUAAGCAGCAUGUAAAAAUUCGAUCCGCUUACAUUUGAUGGCCCCGUGACGAAUGUAAAAGCAGCCAUGAAAAUGCUGGGCCCCGAAACACGGCCCAUAAACGGAAAACGGAGAGUGGGCCAUAAAAAGGUUUGGCCCUCGUGCUGGAAGUCAGGCCUAAAGUCCGUUGGGUUUAUGGUCAAUUAGAGAGCGCCUCAUUUGCAUCGGUCUUAGCAUGGCCAAAUGCGAAUGUCUCCACGUUGUGGGCCUGGUCUCAUUGAUGCUGGCCAGCUCCCUCGUGGCCAGUUGGACGUGGAGGUGUUUGUACAAAGAAUUCCCAGUCGACGUUGAAAAGAUCAAGGGCGGCUGGUAUGUUUAUGGGACCAAUCCAGACAGAAUAAAAGUGUGCUACUUUGAAGAUCUGGAUCUCUACUGGACACGGAUCACCCAAACGGACUAUGACAACUAUGCUGUGGAACUUCACUGCACCUUACCCUGGAUGCGUCAUCGAAUGGCCAUUUAUACCCGCCAAGCAAUUCCCAAUGAAAAGACACUCGGAGAUAUAGCCUCGUACUUGAAAACGGUCCAGCUGACAAUCAAAAACUUUAGCCUAAUCCGGCAGAAGAAGGACUGUCGGUCACAGAAGCCUCCGAUUAUGCAGCGCUGGCAUUUAUCCCGGUACCUUCACAUGGACUACAAUCCGGUUUAUGUCAAGCCCUUGGUGGAGAACGAAAACAUCUGAGCCAGUCAUUGUAUCGCAUCUCUGCUCUCCAACUGGCAACUUUCUUUGGCCACAAAUUUACAUAUGCCAAAUUUGGUACAAAUAUGCGAAUAUCUUAAAACAAAGAACGAACUCCAGAGAAAACCGAAUUUGAGUUACUCUGUGCAAUAAAGAUGAUUAAGUCUGUGGUACAGAAA